AUGGCCUCUGCUACUCCGACUCCCAAGCAGGUCGGCUCCCAGGCCUCCGCGUCUUUCCAGCCCUCGUCGCCGCCCAACAAACGCGAUCUCAAGUCAUGGUGGAAAGGCUUCAUCCUACCCUCCAAAAAUCAGGAACAGCAUGAGACUCGAGCUCCAGGCAUCUUUGGUGUCCCGCUGCGACAAAGUAUAACCUAUGCAAACGUCGCCAUCUCCCUGAUCGAUGAACAGGGCCAGAGCUACAUUUAUGGCUAUGUGCCCAUUGUCGUUGCCAAAUGUGGCGUGUUUUUGAAAGAAAAAGCUACCGGUGUCGAAGGCAUUUUCCGCCUCAGUGGUUCCGAAAAGCGCAUCAAAGAGCUCAAAAGCGUCUUCGACUCCCCCGAUCGAUACGGCAAGGGCCUCGUUUGGGACGGAUAUACAGUACAUGACGCUGCUAAUGUCCUCCGACGAUACCUCAACGAUCUGCCAGAGCCCGUCGUUCCUCUAGACUUGUAUGAAAAGUUCCGCGAUCCUCUGCGAGGUGCAACCAAGCAAGUGGCAGGUGACGCCGAAGGCCCCCAGUUCGUCCCUGAUUUCGACGAAAUGGCCGCUAUCCAAACAUACCAACGACUCAUAACUGAGCUCCCCCCGCUUAACCGACAGCUUCUGCUUUACAUUCUCGACCUGCUCGCUGUCUUUGCUGCCAAGUCGGAAGAGAAUCGCAUGACGUCGCAAAACCUGGCGGCCAUUUUUCAGCCUGGUAUGCUGUCGCAUCCACAGCAUGCAAUGGCUCCAGAAGAAUAUCGGCUCAACCAAUGCGUCAUCAUUUUCCUCAUCGAAAACCAGGACCACUUCUUGAUCGGCAUGCAAGGCACUGCCGCCGACGAAAACACCGUCAAGGAAGUACAAUCCGGCACGCCCAAAGGCCCACUUACCCCCAGUACAGCUACACCUACGCAAUUGAAUCGAACUGCAUCCAGCGCCAGCGCCGGUGCUGAAAGUGUGCGUAGAGACGGCAAGCUCCGACGAAACCGCUCCGUCUCGUCAAAGAACUCCAAAAAGGAUGAAUCGAUUACGCCGACCGCUCCCCCACCCGCCACAGGCUCUCCCGUGGGCGGUUUGAGCAGGAGUAAUACCGUCCCGUCCAAGAAGUCUCCUGCUGUCGGCGGCAAAAAGUUUGCCAAGGUCGACAAAGGCGCUUCCAGUUCCGUUCAGCCAUUGACUCCGGCGCGACUCUCAGAGGCUCCCAUGACAUCUGGUCCCUCUACUCCUCUUGCUGCCGCGGACUCUGCCACCAAAGUUUCGUUGGGAAACAGCCAAGACAGGCUCCUAGACAAUUCACCGGACGCCCCCCCACAGGCUAAAGAACCAAGAGAGCGCAGCGUAUCAAACCUCUUCCAAAGGACAUCCACUGAAGGCAGUGACAAACGACAACCGAACAAGUUGCGAAAAAAGAGAACGCCUGGCACCGUAAAUCUGAGCGCACAUAGCUCGAGCAACUCUCUUCCUCAGUCUAACGCUGCGUCGCCUAAUAUCGAGAUGUCUAAUCCCCUUGACAAUGUACCACCCUUGUCUGAAACGAUGGCGACGCCAGUCGCUACUGAGAAGACUGAGAUCACGUCCUCACCAGCUGCCCAGCCAGUUCAGCCGACAGUUAGCACCGUCGACGCGACCUCUCCGAGAGAGACCAAACCUACCGACGCUCUCACCGAAACGUUAGACUCGCCUGUCGACUCUGCCAACGGCAUCUCAGACCCUGAGCACGCUUCGGACGACCGCGCAGCUGGGAUCCUUUCAAGCCCGGGCAAGGAGAGGAAGAAGAGGUGGCUUUCGCUUGGCAGCAAAAAGGACGACGGCAAUGGCGAAGUCCCUCCCCAGCUCAACCUGGGACUCAACCAGAACGCGGAGACGAGCACAACCUCCUUCGCUAGCUCUAGUAGGGCACGCAAGAGCUUCCAAGCCGAUGGCUCAGAAACUGCAUUCGCCGAGUCGUACGACAGCAAAGAUAGCGACGCCAAGGGUCCCAUUGGCUGGAUCAAGAACAAGUACCGCGAAGCCAAGGAAACCGCCGACCACAAGCGUAACAAGUCCCCUCCCCCAGCCGGUGAACGACAGGGAAUCAGUGCUGCUAUUCUGGGCCGUGGCCAGAGCCUUGACAUGAAGCGCGACGAGCCUUCCGGCGAACUGCCCAAGACGGAGAUAAUACCAAAGAAGGAAGAAGCCUCAGCCGCUCAACACCCGACCGCCGCCAUCAUCACGUCUGCGCCAAACACAACGCCCGCAACACCGGCAUCACCCGCCCAGACUGCCACUGACCAAACACAUCAACCUGUCGAAACUAUCAAGGAAGACCCGGCUGCAGAAGCUGCCGCGACUGUGUUUCCAAUCAAUUCGACUGAGGCUCUAGCUACGAAAUCAGCUUCUAAAGAGCCCGAGGUGGCACUAGCCAAGGAAAAUAUGACGCAAACCGAGGCCGCUCCCGCUGUUCACGCUGUCCAGCUAGAGCAUAUUGAGGCUGAACCCAAGUCUAUCGAGCCCACGCCUAUCAAAGACAAGACUACCGAGCCCCGCCACUCUGAAGCGCAAGCUAUCAAGAUCGAGGAUGCCGCUCCUGCUCCUGCCGAAUCCACUCCCAAGAAUGUAUAA